UCACUGUGUCUUAUAUAGAAGUCUGUUUGUUUGCCAUUUUAAAUGAUUAAAGUGUUUUUUACCUUUCGUUACUCCCAGGCACCCAAGAAGGCCAAGAGGAGGCAGCAGCAGGGUGAGGGUGGAUCCUCCAAUGUGUUCUCCAUGUUUGAGCAGAGCCAGAUCCAGGAGUACAAGGAGGCUUUCACAAUCAUUGACCAGAACAGAGAUGGCAUCAUCAGCAAGGACGAUCUCAGGGACGUGCUGGCCACCAUGGGCCAACUGAAUGUGAAGAAUGAGGAGCUGGAGGCCAUGGUGAAGGAGGCCAGCGGCCCCAUCAACUUCACCGUUUUCCUGACCAUGUUCGGCGAGAAGCUGAAGGGUGCUGACCCCGAGGACGUUAUUGUGAGCGCUUUCAAGGUCCUGGACCCCGAGGCCACUGGCUCCAUCAAGAAGGAAUUCCUUGAGGAGCUCCUGACCACCCAGUGCGACAGGUUCACCGCUGAGGAGAUGACCAACCUGUGGGCUGCGUUCCCCCCUGAUGUGGCUGGCAAUGUGGACUACAAGAACAUCUGCUACGUCAUCACACACGGAGAGGAAAAGGAAGAGUAA